AUGACACAAUUUGAAGCUUUAUAUGGGUAUAAAGCUCCUAAUAUGACAUGGACAACAGACUCUAGGGUGAAAGCAGUACAGGAUGUCAUGCAACACAGGGAACAAUUAAAUUCUUUAUUAAGAGAGCAACUACUUAAAGCUACCAAUAGAAUAAAACAGAUGAGUGACAAACAGAUGAGUGACAAACAUAGAGCAUAUAGGGAAUUUCAAAUCGGAGAUGAAGUUUACCUGAAGCUCCAGCCAUACAAACAAACAUCGUUGGCCCUACGAAGAAAUUUGAAGCUUACUGCCCGAUAUUUUGGACCCUACAAAAUUCAAAACAGAAUUGGUCAGGUUGCUUAUAAAUUAGAUUUGCCUGCAAAUUUGAAAAUACAUCCAAUCUUCCACGUGAGUUUACUUAAGAAGAAAGUAGGGAAAAAGGGACUUAUCUCAAUCGAUCCUCCAGAGGUAGCGUCGAAUGGACAACUGAAGAUUUACCCAGCCGUUGUUUUGGAUCAACGAGUGAUUACAAGACAAAAUCGAGCAGUCAUUCAAUUGUUCAUUCAGUGGACGAAUAUGAGACCAACAGAAUUAACUUGGGAGGAUUAUACAGUCUUGAGAUAA